GGAUGAGCACAGAGGGAGAAGCUAGUCACGCUGCGUUCCUCAUUGCCUAGCUCAGGAAUUCAGAGCUGGGAAAAUUUAGCCGAGUCAUCACAUUUGGCUACUACCCGGGAAAUCAGCCCUCCCGAGUCAGGAACCGGCUCCAGCUCGUCACGUGGCAGCCGCCCGCAGGAGCCGCAGUUCCAUGGACCAAAGACAGAAGAGAAUCCUCAGCCAGCCCCUUUCUAUCCCUACUUCCCAGACCAAGAAGAAAAAGACAUCAGUGAUAUCUUUAUUUUCCAAGGUCUCUUGGAAACUGAAGUUUCGGAAGUGGGAGCCUCUGAAGAAUGCGUUUUUUGUCUUGGCCGAAAGAGCCCGGGACCCCAAUGCUAAAAAGCGUCACAUGGCAAUGAGAGGCUUGGGAACCAUGGCCUGCGAAGCUCCUGACAAGGUGAGAAGGUAUAAGAAAAUUGUCCUGGACCUGCUGGUGUGUGGAUUGUAUGACCCUGUGAGUUUGGAAGUCAUCCAUGAAAGUAUGAAGACUCUGACCAUCGUCCUGGGCAAGAUCCAGGGGAAAGGUUUGGGCUCCUUCUUCAUAGACAUCACCCUUCAGACCAGGACUUUAUUAGACGAUGAGAAUGACAGUCUGAGAUACUCGGCCUUUGUUUUGUUUGGGCAAUUGGCUGCCUUUGCUGGGAGGAAAUGGAAGAAAUUUUUCACCAGUCAGGUUAAGCAGACGCAAGAUUUACUCCUGAUCCAUUUACAGGACAGAAAUCCCCAGGUUGCCAAGGCUUGCAAAACAACAUUUCGAGCCUGUUCUCCAUAUCUGAAACUAAGGAAGGAAUACAGCUUCCAGAAUGAAGAAGAUCAAAGGAACCCUAAACUCUGCCGGCAGCUGAGCCACUAUCAUCCAGAGCUCCUGCAGUUCUUCUACGCAAACAAAAUUCUGUAAGCGCAGAGCAGCAGGGAAAUGGUUCUAUGUGAGUGCAUUGCUGAGCCAUCAACUUCUCCUUUUUCUCUCAUUGGAUACCUCUUCUGCUCACCUCUUGGGAUUGUAAUGGAAAAGAGGGUGCUAGGAGAGCAAUCAAAGGCAGAAAAAAUACAUGGAAUUUAUGAUUAUAUCUAAAGUAAAAUUCUAGACUGUUUUCACUUA